AUGACCGCGGAGUUCACCCACGAGUACCCGAGCGCAAGCGCCCCCGCGGAGGUGAUCUCGGCGGAGGAGGCGCAGAGGCGAGCGCAGCGCGCGCAGACGGCGCGGCCCUUCCACUCCCCGGACGACGCCGUGGAUCUCGCCAAGGUUGGCCGCGAGGAGAGAACCGCGAAGGUGUUGGACCUCUUCGAGCGCGCGGCGACGCCGAUCGGGACCGUCGAGCGGGCGCAGGCGGCCAUCGCCGCGGCGAGGGCGGCGAACAGCACCGGCAUCUUCACCGUCCAGCCCGGCGUCGGCGGGAGGAACGAGGACGCGGAGAAGCAGAGCGUCGAGGAGUCCCAGGCGGCGGCGGCGGAGUCGGCGAAGAGGAACGCUUCAUCGUCGGGCGCGAGCGAAUCCACCGUGCCGAGCGACUACGCGGCGCAGAACGCGGCGAACUUGAACUUGAAUUUGCAAAACAUGGACCCGACGACGAGGGUGAAGGCGGCGUCCGCGGCGGCGAGCGAGGACGCCGCCGCGCGCGCGGCGAUGGCGAUGCGCGAGUACAACAAGCGCGCGAAGAAGUUCAACUCGGAGUACUACGGCGGUGGCGGCGUCGGCAGCGGCGUCGCCACCCUCGGCGGCGGGGAUUUGGAUCACAAGCGGUCGAGAGAGUCGAGCCGCGAGACGGGCGGGAAGGACAUCGACUUCAGCGGCGAUUUCUGGGACUGGACCCCGCCCGAGGCGCCGGUGGAUUUCACCCCGCAGCCCGGCGGGUCGCCGACGAGCGCGUCGAGUUACUACCCGCCCAAGAUGCAGAAGAAACGUCUGGAGUUCCCGACCGCCCCCGCGGUCGAGCGCGAGGUGAUGCUCAUGGAACGCGCGCCGGAGAGGACGCUCCCGCAGUUUCAAUCCGUCGUCGAGGCGCAAAACGCCGUCUUACCCGAGUUUCAGUCCGUCGUGGAGAGCGGCUCCGACGAGGUGUCCCAGCUCACGAGCGCGAUGAACCUCGCGGCCGCGCCGGGGGCGCCCGCGCCGAUGAUGGCCGCGCCCGCGACCGCGGAACAGAUCGCCGCGGGGGCGUCCAUCGAAGCCUCCAUCGAGGACGCCCUCGCGUCCGCGGUUCGAGAGCUCGGCGCCGGCGAGGGCGCGGAGAAGGAAGGCGUGCUCUCCUCCGGCGCGCGGUGGUGGCGCGAAGAAGGCGAAGAUAAACUCGAAGGCGGGAAGGUCAUGUCGUGGACGUGCAUCCGAGGCACGUCCGCGGACGGCGCCGUGGAGUGGGAGGAGCGGUGGUGGAAGACGUCCGACUCGUUCACGUACCGCGAGCUCGGGGCGGUGAAGUCCGGAAGAGACAGCAACGGGCAGGCGUGGCAGGAGUCGUGGAAGGAGAUGUACGUCCACGAGGUGAACAAAAUUCCGUACAUCCACAGAGAGGCGUCGAAGUGGUCGCACACCCCGAAGGGCGCGGCGUGGAGCGAAGGGUGGACGGAGGACUACCGCGCCGAUGGCACCGUCGAUCGUUUUUGCGAGAAAACCGGCGCGCUCGAGGACGGCGCCGCUCCAGAGGACGGCCACGGAAACCGGUGGACGGAAAAGUGGGGCGAGAAGUGGGACGGUCACGGCGGGUGCAUCAAGUGGACGGACACGUGGGCGUCGAGGGAUCACUCGGAGGGAGGCAUGGAGAACGCGCCCGGGCGGUCGUGGGGCGAGAAAUGGGAGGAAAAGUGGGGCGAAGGGUACAACGAGCACGGCCGCGCGGGGUCGCGGCAGGGCCUUACAUGGGACGAGACCAUGGGCCAGCACACGCUCAAGAGUUGGGGCGAGGAGCACUACCCGGACGGGCGUCUGCACAAGUACGGGAACUCCAGCGACGGGAGCCAGUAUUGGGACACGUGGGAGGACGGCGCCGGGGGGUGGUGGGAGCGGAACCCGUCGUUCGGAUGGAUCGAGGCGUUGCAUCACUCGCCGGAUCUGAUGAACCUGCCGCUGCAGCCGAGGACGGGCGGCGGGACGGGUCCGGCGAAGGGACCGAACGGGCGGAAGAUCAUCACUCCGCAUCGUUCGCGACGAGGCGCGAGCGGGGGGGGCGGGGCGGCGAAGCCGGCUCCGCCUCCGCCUCCGCCGCCGCCGAAGGUGGACAUGCCUCCGCCUCCGCCGCCGCCGCCGCCGAUGUGACGACGACGGACGGGGACGGGGUCAUCGAUUCGAUUCGAUUCAAACUCAAUCAUUCAAUUACACGGCAACAGCGAUUACAC